AUGCCGUCGACGACGCCCAGCAACAGUGUUGUCGGGUUGUCCGACCGCAGAGACACCAAGGCCGCUGCAGAAUACAAAACAGACUUGUCAAGGUGGCGGCUCAAUGUUGAACUGGGUCGCCACAUGUGGGAGUACGUGGCGGAUGACCAAGACGACGACAGCAAUACACACCAUGGCAAUGCCUUGCACAACAAGAAAAGUAGCCGUCCGCAGAGCUUCCUUGAGCAGUACUGGCUGGGCCGGGAGUACUCGCUUCCCAAGAUGCCAAGGCCAGCGAGGCCAAGCGAGGCCCUAGACAACGGCUGGGAAUUUUUCAAGCGGCUGCAGACAGAGGAUGGACAUUGGGGAUGCAAUGAUGACGGACCGCUCUUUGUCACCAGCGGCAUCGUCAUCUCUUCAUACAUCAUUGGCAUCCCCUUCCCGGAGCCCAUGAAGCACGAGAUGAUCCGCUACCUUUUAAACUUUGCCAACAGCGAAGGCGGCUGGGGCCUUUGGAUCAAUAGUCCAUCGACCGUCUUCGGCACGGCCAUGAACUACGUGAUGCUUCGAAUCCUCGGCCUGUCACCACACCACCCAGUACUUCAGAAUGCCCGUGCCGCACUGCACCGUAUGGGAACUGCCAAAGCCCUCCCAACCUGGGGCAAGUUCUGGAUGUGCGCUCUCGGGGUGUACGAGUGGGAUGGCAUGCUGCCGCUGAUCCCAGAGCCGCUUCUGGCCCCGAGUUUCCUCCCCCUCAACCCCGGAAACUGGUGGGUGCAUGUACGCAACGUCUACGUGAGCAUGAGCUAUCUCUUUGGCCAUCGCUUCAGGAUGCAGCCCACAGCCUUGUCUGAGGAGCUGCGCCAUGAGCUGUACGACGUUCCCUACGAGAGCAUAGACUGGUUUGCGCAAAGGGCCAACGUCAGCCCCCACGACCGCCUGGCUCCGGAGACUCUGCUGCAAAAGGGGCUGUCCAAGGCGCUGUGCGCCUACGAGUACUGCAAGAUUCCGCUGAUGCGGAGAAUCGCGCUCAACGAGGCCUUGUUCCAGGUCGAGGCCGAGGUGCACAACACAAACUACCUGUGCAUUGCUCCCGUAAGCUUCGCCUCCAACAUGCUGGUGCUGUUCCACGCCCACGGGCGCGACAGCCACUGGAUAUCAGGCAUGAGCCAGCGCAUCAUCGACCCCAUGUGGAUGUGCAGAGAGGGCAUGGCCGCGUCCGGCACCAACGGCACCUCUCUCUGGGACACCGUCUUCACGGUGCAGGCGGCGCUUGACAGCGGUCUGGCCCAACGGCCCGAGAACCGCGAUAUCAUGACCAGGGCGCUCGAGUUCAUCGAAGCCUCGCAGAUCCGAGAGAACCCUAUGGGGGCGGCGCACAGCUAUCGCCAGCCGACCAAGGGUUCGUGGCCCUUUAGCACGCGCGACCAAGCCUACGCCGUGUCGGACACGACGGCCGAGACGGUCCGCUGCGUCAUCCAGCUGCAGCAAUCUGGUGCCGCGCCGCGCCUCGUCUCGGACGACAGGAUAUUCGAAGCCGUCGACUUGAUUCUGGGCAUGCAGAACAGGGGCGGCGGCUACUCGGCCUUUGAGCCCAUCCGGGCGCCCAAGGCCCUCGAGCGCCUCAACAUCACGGAGCUCUACGAAAACGUCAUGACGGACAACCUGUUUCCAGAGUGCUCUGCCUCGGUGCUCAUGUGUCUGCAGACGGUCCAAAAGGCGUACGCCGAGUACAGACCGCUCGACGUGCAGAGAUGCAUGCGCGGCUGCGUCAAGUAUCUCCUUGUAUCGCAGUUCCCAGAGGGCGGCUGGAUCGGCUCCUGGGGCAUCUGCUUCACCUAUGCCACCAUGUUUGCCCUGCAGGGCCUCGAGAGCGCCGGGCUGAGCGAGGGCAAUCACCAAGCUUGCCUGCGCGGCUGCGAGUUCCUGCUCGCUCAUCAGAAUCCCGACGGCGGCUGGGGCGAGGACCUCGAGAGCAUCAGGCUCAAGCGGUACGUCCAAGACGCAACAGGGAGCCAGGUGACGUGUACGGCCUACGCCGUCACAGGACUCAUUGCCGCCCGGUGCUCAAACAGGGACGCUAUUAAGAAGGGCAUAGCGUGGCUAGUCAGACAGCAGAAGGACACAGGUGAGUGGACGCAGACGGCGCUCGAGGGCAUCUUUGCCAGUCCCGGUGGUAUGAGAUAUCCCAACUACAAGUUUCACUUCACCCUGGGAGCUCUGGGCAAGUACAUUGAUUUGUAUGGCGAUGAGAGCUGCGAAUUGCAGAAACAGUAG